AUGUAUUUUUCUUAUGCUGCAUGGUUUGCCGGUUUGGUGCCAUUCUUGGUGGCUCGGAAGAUCAUGGAUUUUGAAAAUGUUCUUCUUGUUAGUAUUGGGGUAUUUUCAGCUGUUGUUUUUGGUGCCAUGGCAGUUGGGCAGGUCAGUUCAUUUGCUCCUGACUAUGCCAAAGCCAAAGUGUCAGCAUCCCAUGUCAUCAGCCUCAUUGAAAUCCCUGAGAUUGACAGCUAUAGCACAGAAGGACUGAAGCCGUGAAAUAUGUUGGAAGGAAACGUGACAUUUAGUGGAGUCAUGUUCAACUAUCCCACCCGACCAGACAUCCCAGUGCUUCAGGGACUGAGUCUCCAGGUGAAGAAGGGCCAGACGCUGGCCCUGGUGGGCAGCAGUGGCUGUGGGAAGAGCACGGUGGUCCAGCUCCUUGAGCGAUUCUAUGAUCCAUUGGCAGGAACAGUGCUUGUUGAUGGCAAAAAAGUAAAGGAACUGAAUGUCCAGUGGCUCCGAGCACAGCUGGGCAUUGUGUCCCAGGAGCCCAUCCUGUUUGACUGCAGCAUUGGUGAGAAUAUCGCCUAUGGAGACAACAGCAGGGUUGUGUCUCAGGAUGAGAUCGUGAGGGCGGCCAGGGAGGCCAACAUACAUAACUUCAUUGAGUCACUGCCUGACAAAUACAACACCAGAGUAGGAGACAAAGGAACUCAGCUCUCUGGUGGCCAGAAACAACGCAUUGCCAUAGCUCGUGCUCUCGUUAGGCAGCCUCAUAUUUUGCUUUUGGAUGAAGCUACCUCAGCCCUGGAUACAGAAAGUGAAAAGGUUGUCCAAGAAGCCCUGGACAAAGCCAGAGAAGGGCGGACCACUAUUGUGAUCGCUCAUCGCUUGUCUACAGUUCGUGGUGCUGAUGUCAUUGCUGGUUUUGAUGAUGGAGUCAUCGUGGAGAAAGGAAAUCAUGAUGAACUCAUGAAGCAGAGAGGCAUUUACUUCAAACUUGUCACUAUGCAGACAAGAGGAAAUGAUGCUGAAGUAGAAAAUGACCUUUAUGAAUCCAAAAGAGAAAUUCAUACAUUGGAAAUGGCCUCAAAAGAUUCAGGAUCCAGUCUAAUAAGAAGAAGUUCAACUCGCAAGAGUAUCCAUGGACCACAAGGCCAAGACCGAAAGCUUAAUACAGAAGAGGCCCUGGGUGAAAAUGUACCUCCAGUUUCUUUCUGGAGAAUUCUAAAGCUGAAUGCAACUGAAUGGCCUUAUUUUGUGGUUGGUGUUAUUUGUGCCAUUAUAAAUGGAGGCUUGCAACCAGCAUUUGCAGUUAUAUUCUCAAGGAUUGUAGGGGUUUUUACAAGAGAUGAAGAUCCUGAAACAAAACGACAGAAUAGUAACAUGUUUUCAUUAUUGUUUCUAGUCCUUGGAAUUAUUUCUUUUAUUACAUUUUUCCUUCAGGGCUUCACAUUUGGCAAGGCUGGAGAGAUCCUUACCAAACGGCUGCGGUACAGGGUUUUCAGAUCCAUGCUGAGACAGGAUGUGAGCUGGUUCGAUAACCCUAAAAACACCACUGGAGCAUUGACUACCAGGCUCGCCAAUGAUGCUGCACAAGUGAAAGGGGCUAUAGGUUCCAGGCUUGCUGUAAUUACCCAGAAUAUUGCAAAUCUCGGGACAGGAAUUAUUAUAUCCUUAAUCUAUGGCUGGCAAUUAACACUUUUACUCUUAGCAAUUGUACCUAUCAUUGCAAUAGCAGGAGUUGUGGAAAUGAAAAUGUUGUCUGGACAAGCACUAAAAGAUAAGAAAGAACUAGAAGGUUCUGGGAAGAUUGCUACUGAAGCAAUAGAAAACUUCCGAACUGUGGUAUCUUUGACGCGGGAGCAGAAGUUUGAACACAUGUAUGCACAGAGUUUGCAGAUACCAUACAGAAAUUCCUUGAGAAAAGCACACAUCUUUGGAAUCACGUUUUCCUUCACCCAAGCAAUGAUGUAUUUUUCUUAUGCUGCAUGUUUCCGGUUUGGUGCCUUCUUGGUGGCUCGUGAGAUCAUGGAUUUUGAAAAUGUUCUCUUGGUAUUUUCAGCUGUUGUUUUUGGUGCCAUGGCAGUUGGGCAGGUCAGUUCAUUUGCUCCUGACUAUGCCAAAGCCAAAGUGUCAGCAUCCCAUGUCAUCAGCCUCAUUGAAAAAAUCCCUGAGAUUGACAGCUAUAGCACAGAAGGACUGAAGCCGAAUAUGUUGGAAGGAAACGUGACAUUUAGUGGAGUCAUGUUCAACUAUCCCACCCGACCAGACAUCCCAGUGCUUCAGGGACUGAGUCUCCAGGUGAAGAAGGGCCAGACGCUGGCCCUGGUGGGCAGCAGUGGCUGUGGGAAGAGCACGGUGGUCCAGCUCCUUGAGCGAUUCUAUGAUCCAUUGGCAGGAACAGUGCUUGUUGAUGGCAAAAAAGUAAAGGAACUGAAUGUCCAGUGGCUCCGAGCACAGCUGGGCAUUGUGUCCCAGGAGCCCAUCCUGUUUGACUGCAGCAUUGGUGAGAAUAUCGCCUAUGGAGACAACAGCAGGGUUGUGUCUCAGGAUGAGAUCGUGAGGGCGGCCAGGGAGGCCAACAUACAUAACUUCAUUGAGUCACUGCCUGACAAAUACAACACCAGAGUAGGAGACAAAGGAACUCAGCUCUCUGGUGGCCAGAAACAACGCAUUGCCAUAGCUCGUGCUCUCGUUAGGCAGCCUCAUAUUUUGCUUUUGGAUGAAGCUACCUCAGCCCUGGAUACAGAAAGUGAAAAGGUUGUCCAAGAAGCCCUGGACAAAGCCAGAGAAGGCCGCACCUGGCAUGUGAUUGCUCACCGUCUCACCAUCCAGAAUGCAGAGCUAAUCGUGGUGAUUCAAAAUGGCAAAGUAAAGGAGCAUGCCCACCAACAGCUGCUGGCACAGAAAGGCAUCUAUUUUUCAAUGGUCAGUGUCCAGGCAGGAACAAAGCUAGUGAACUCUGACUUUACAAGAUAA